UUUGAACUGGAAUAGAAGCAACGGCUGAAACGGUUUGAGAGCUGCGUGUGAACGGGCAGUGGUGUCGGUGAUUGAGAGCCGCGAGGGCGAAGCCGGACACUGACGGAGACCGGGGCCGGACAGCGAGAGCCGCGAGGGCGAAGCCGGACACUGACGGAGACCGGGGCCGGACAGCGAGAGCCGCGAGUGACCGGGCACCGGCGGGAGAGGUCAGAUACCGAUACAGGCCAGAGAACGGCGACAAAACAUUGAUCGAGGCCGGAGAGCCGGAAAAUGGUGAGAAGAAGUGAUGCACUGGCCACAGAGUCGGUCACCUGUCUCAAUGCUGCACUUGCCCAUCUUCGAAAUAUCUGGGAAGAAAUUGGAAUUCCAGAAGAUCAAAGACUGCAGAGAACAGAAGUUGUUAAGAAGCAUAUUAAAGGGCUACUGGAUAUGAUGAUUGCAGAGGAGGAAAAUCUAAGGCAGCGGCUGAAAAAGAGCAUUGAAGUGUGCCAGAAAGAGCUCCAUGCAGUGUGUCAGGAGCUCAGUUUGGCUGUAUGUCAGCCAGAAGAAGAUUGCACAAUGUUGCAGCUGGAAAAAGAUCUGAGGACACGUUUGGAGGUUCUCUUAAAAGAGAAAAAAGAGAGAAUGGCAAAAUUAAAAUCCCUUAAAGAACAAGAUGAGGAGCUUUGUGAUAUUCUCUGUACUGCAAGUUAUUCCAUUGACAUUGAUGCUGUUCCCAGUAUUGAACAGCUGGAUGCAUUUUGUGCGCACAUUGCUUCACUUAAUGAAGAAAAGGAACGCAGAAGGGCUGAUUUUGUGGCAACUAAGAAAAAAAUAAUCUUGUGCAUGGAUGAACUUGAUCAGCUGCCUGACACUAGCUUUGAGAGAGAUAUUGUGUGUGAGGAUGAGGAUGCAUUCUGUCUGUCUAAUGAGAAUAUUAUUGGUCUGAAAACAUUACUUCAACAGCUGGAGAUGAAGAGAACUCGGAAUGAAGCAAAAUGCUCGGAGUUGAGAAGUCAAAUAAUUAACCUGUGGGACUGGUUGAAAAUUUCUGAUGAAGAACGUAAUGCUUUUGCCGUAAACAUGGUUGGAUCCAGGGCUAAAACAAUGCAAACAUUGCAGACAGAGUUGGAACGUCUUGAAGUCCUGAAAUUACAAAACAUGAAAAAUGUGAUUGAAGCUGUCCGACAAGAGCUGGUGUCCUACUGGGAUAAAUGUUUCUUCAGCUCUGAACAGCGACAAGCAUUUGCUCCAUAUUAUGAAGAGGAUUACACCGAAGACUUAUUGCAGCUUCAUAACUUGGAGUUGAAUCGAUUGAAGCAGUAUUAUCAAGCACAUCAGCAACUAUUUGAGGGUGUCUGGAAGUGGGAAGAAAAUUGGCAGCUUUACUUGGGUUUUGAGAAAAAGGCAUCGGACCCAAACCGGUUCACCAACCGAGGAGGCAACCUUUUAAAAGAGGAGAAGCAGAGAACCAAGCUGUACAAGAUGCUGCCUAAACUGGAAGAAGAGUUGAAAGUGCAGAUCGAGGCCUGGGAGCAUGAGCAUUCUUCACAAUUUUUGGUUAAUGGACAAAAUUUUAUGGAUUAUGUAUCAGAGCAAUGGGAGCAACAUAAAUUGGAGAAAGAGCGAGAGAAACAAGAGCGGCAACUGAAAAAGAAUAGGAUGAUUGAAGAAGAAAUGCUGUAUGGCAGUGCACCAAAAACUCCAAGCAAGCGAAGGGUUAAUCCAGCCACUACACCAGGGAAGUUACGGAAGCUAAAUGGUACAUCGAUUGCUAGUGCCACACCCAACAGCACCUUUCGCUCCGCUAUUGGCAGUAGUAUCUGUUUCUCACCAAUCUCCCGACCCCCACUGUCUGGACGCAAGCCAGGGCAAUCUGUGCGCACACCAGGAUAUUCUGCUAAAAAACUCACACGCCAAGGUUUCAAUGAAAGAAACAAAGAGAAUAUUUCUCAUUUAAGUGCAGCAGCAGUGAGUGGUGCGUCCAUCAGCUUCUCCACGCAACGGAAUAAUCUCAGCGUAAAUUCAGUUGCCACCACUUAUUCUGAGUUUGCGCGAGAGCUUUCAAAAGUUUCCAAGUCUAAUUGUCAGUCCCGAAUUCUCAAUUCUACGACCACCAAAAUCCAGACUUGAACUAGCCAUGAGAAACUGGAGAGGGCCACAACCGUGGAGAGUGCACAAAAUGAACGUUACAGUAGAGCUGUCGUUUGCUCUUUAUUACUUUAAACUGUAAAUUGAGAUGUGUGAAAAAUACCACAGGUGAACAGGGAGUGGAAAAUGUUAUCUUGUCUAUGCCAUUGGAGUUGUCUCCGGCAUUGAGCAUGGCUUCAAAGUUCACUAGGGAGAAAAUAUUUUUGUAUGCAAAGAAAUUUGAGAAAUAUCUUGAAUAGUCUCAACCAGUGAAAAUGAAGUUAUUAUGCGAUUCUUUCUGAGCUAUCUUUUGGUGAGGGGAGGAAGAACUGUUAUAAAUUUGGUUUUCUCUCAAGAUCAUCUAGUGUAGCUUAUUUUAAAUUUUGGCAAGCUAUUUUACAUGACAGCAUCUGGAUGACAACUUGUGUUUCAAGAGGAUCAAGAGUUAAAGUUAAAACACUUGAUCCUCUGAUCUAAUCUAUUUGAGACUUCAAAGAGUUUGCGAACAGUCGAACUGAUUGCUAGGUUUAUGCUAAAAGAUCCCAAAAUUGUGAUACUAAAUUUGGUAAUUUCAGUCUAUGUGGGGAAAACUGAAGUGUAUUUAGCAAUAACCGUCUGUAUAAUUAGGUUCAGCUUUUCUUCUUAUCAGUGUUAGCAAGGGAUGAAAGCGUGUAGUUGAAUGGUAACUAGAUUAGAUUAAAUCCAAUUUAUUUUACAUUGGCUUGGGAGGCAUAAAGUUAGUUUAAGGAAGGCCAUGUAUGGAUAUUAUGUCUUAACCAACCUGUGGUUCACUGUGGUUAUAUUUUUCAUAUGAUCUUGUGGCUUUAAUAAUACUUUAAUCAUAUCCAGUUUUAAACAAUUUUAUUUCUGAACAUUUAAAUUGUGUGAUUCUCUAAGCUAAUCAUGAAUUUUGCACCUUUUUUGACUUUUUCCUUAUUUAUUCUUGUAAUGGCCAUCUCUUACUGUUAAAGUUAAGCAAAUGUCAUAACAUGGUUAUGAGCAGUGAGAGGAGCCUUUAAACACUAACUUUUAUAUUGUAGUGUGCCUUAGAAAAAUUGUUAAUUGCUACUGGUAGACUAAUCUUUAUGUCUGAACUGGCACAAUGCUUGUCUCAUUCUGUUCAUGGCUGAAGGUACGCUUUUAUUCCACCUUGGGAUCAAAAUUAGCAAUCCAAAAUCAGGCUUUAAGCUUGAAUUAAGUUGGAAAAAUAGAAGGAGAUUCGUGCAUUUGGUUUUUUUUCUUUGUUGAAAACAAUCUGCCAUUUUAAAAUGGUGGAGAAAGAAAGGAUGUGUAAAAUGUAGCUUUUUUUAAAAAAGUAUAUAGUUGUUCCUUUUUGAACUUCUGUAGUGUCCCAUCAGAUUAGGUCUAAUGAAUUUUUAGACCUUGCCAUGGAACUACCUGUUUUCUCAUCUGACAUUCAGGUAGUAUGUGGAAAUACCACUCACACUUUUUGUCAGUGGAAGUGUUUGAGCAUAUGAGGAAAAUCUAUUUCUUGCGGUGUUGGCCAAACUGGCUAAGGGAUCUGACCUGAUGUGGCUAGGAUUAUUUUUAAAGUCAAGUUUGCUUUUAAACUAAUCAGUAUUAACUUAAAAUAUGAAAUUUGCCAAUCUGACUUGAGUUCCAAAUUUAAAGUAUUUCAGAGCUGCUGAUUGGUUGCAAGGGUACUAGGCUGUCAGUUACUAAGCUGUCAAAGUACUACAGAAGAGAACACAAAUUCAUCAGCAAAGAAGUGGCAUACUUAAGUAUUCUUCUGCCUUCUUUCCCCGUUGAUAUUGCUAUAGAGAAAAGUGAGAGCCCUGGCAAUUUUAAGCAUUUUUGCUUCAUUAUUUAAACCUAGAAAUAAUUGUACAGUCAGAGCUUCUAGACAAAUUAAGGUUUUAUGAUUUGUGAUCCAGUAUCUGCCAUCUACAAACUGUCUUUCUCCUUUAUAAUAUUGGCAGACUAUGGGACUUCAUAAAUGUUCAAAUUUUCCUUCCAGCAAUUAGGAGGUUAAUAUAUUGAGCACUAUCUCUUAUAGUAAAAAAUUAUAAAUCUUUUUGUAAACUUUAUGGAAAUCUGGUUAUGGUUGUGUAUCAGCUGAAACUCCGCAGUUUGUACUGAGUUUCAGUCAAUGAUGCUAGGAAUCACCUUCGCCUUCAAUGUUCUGAGCUACUCUGAUAUCAAUUAGAAAUUCUCCGGUUAAUCAGUGUAAUGUGUACUUGCUGAGCACCUUGCAUCCAAACCUGAGGAAAGGCAUUCGAGGUACUGUGGCGUUGAGGUGCACAAAGUCUGUAAUUGAUAACAUUUUACACUGAAAUGUUAGUCUUCCUACCACUGUUUAAAUUGUACAGUGUUGUGUAAUAAAUAGGCAAAGUAAUCCUU